AUGACGAAGGAUGUUGUCUUUGUGCCAAAAAUACUCGAAGACAUCCGCACUGACGACAAGACACGACUGGAACUUUUGUUGGAUCUUGCGGAGGACAGUCCUUUGGUUACACUUGCACGUUUGACACGACAUCAGCUGAUUGGAUGGCAACUAUACUUGUUCUUCAACGUGACUGCCGGCAAAGACAGCUUGCCAAAUGGCAGAAAACUGGCAACAAAAGCAGAUAUGACUCACUUUACCAUAUCUAGUCGGCUCUUCCUACCAUCACAGCAGUUUUACAUCCUCUUGUCAGAUGCUGGUAUCCUCUUCACUUUGCUUGCUCUUUACUUCGUAGCAAAGCACAAUGGCCUUACGACAAUGAUGCUCCUCUAUUUUGCUCCCUACUUGUGGGUUCACCAUUGGAUAGAUGUACCACACUAUACAGCUGCUACUUGGACAUUCACUCAAGGAGCGCUUGGCACCAUCGACCGAAGCUUCGGUUUCAUCGGGCGCCAUUUCUUCCACGAAAUCAUCGACUAUCAUUUGAUUCAUCACUUGUUCCCCAAGAUACCAUUCUAUCAUGCCGAAGAAGCCACCAAAGCUGUCAUGCCCCUACUUGGCUCAACUUACGUGGAUGCGAAGCAGGACUCGUUUCUGUGGUCGCUUUAUACUACGUUUCGUUCUUGCCGGUUUGUAACAGCAGAGCCACAAAGCAAGGACUCGGCUGCUAGUGGGAAAUUGGUCUGGGCCACAUUGGUCAAGUGA